AUGGAAUUCGAUAACGAUCCAUUCCCAUUUUUGCCCAAGUUUGACGAGCCUCAAAUCUUCGACGCCAACAUGAACGACGCAAUGGAGGAAGGGGGACUCGAGUUCCCCGAACUCCAGUUCGACUCUCCGGGCUUCUGGAACAAUACCAUUGGGGCCUCACCAGUGCCUAGCAAGACCAACUGUAGACAGGCAAUCAAGCAGCCAUUCAUGGGUCCUGCAUUUUCGCAGUCCCCAGAAUCCUCCUCUGCGUCUGAUUCCUCAAACAAUCAACACAAGCGGAACCACUCUUCCGACUCAUCUCGGUCCGGAGCGCUUGCUGGUGAUGGCGAUGUUUCGAUGAAUGGGAUCCUCAUAGGUGCAGAUAUGGGAGACCAUGCGAGCGACAAGUCUUCGCCUGCCACAGACGUUGACCUCAGCAACCGCGCUAUGGAGUGUCACUUCGACUUCGAUAGCGCUGCAAGUAGUCCCAGCCCCUUCUCGGAUACAAAGCCCUCUUUCAAACCUUCAUCGGUCCGAUCCAUCAAGAUGCCUUACCGGUCUUCUCCAAAUGCUGGAUUUACCCAUGGAUUCGGGCCCCAUCCGGCAGUGUCAAAGAGCUCGCGUGAGACGUCUCCAUUGUCAUCCAUGAUAAAGAACCAAGGCGACUGGCCAUCGGCUGCAGGCCAUACACAGGGGUCGUCUAUGGACUUUUCCGGCCAGUAUAUAAAUGGCGCCAUGUUGAGCGAGCCUUCUCGGACGCAGGACUGGCCAUACAGCGGCGCUCCUGGGCCAGCCAGCGCUUUUAGCCCAAUCCAACCAUCUAUUUUCCAGCAGCCUGCAGUGGCUAUGCCUUUUGCCUCUCCUGCUCCUGUUUCGGGUCCUACGUACCCGCCCAUGUUGCACGUGCACCCUCUUCCACCAAAGUCGCGCGUCGAGACCCAAAUUCCUGUCAAACUGACCUUGCACCCUGUGCCGCCGGGUAUAUUGAAAAUACACCUGCAGACUCAUACAAUUUCCAAAUCAAAACUAGUGGCGAAGCCGACCCCAGAGAAAUUGCCUGACAUGCUGGAGUUGCAUGCUAUGCUUGUGUGUACUAGUGCCAUGCAGGAUCAGACAAAACGAGGGCGAGCAUUUGCCCGGGCUGCUACAAUUUCGUCCGAUGAAAAGAGGGAAGGUCGCCGUUCGUCCUCAGGCGAGACUACAUCCUCAGAAGAUGAUGAGGACAAACCUGCCAACGGUGGCCCAGUGCAUAUAUGCACGGGGUGCAUCGAGAGAGAACGGAAGCGGGCUGCUAGAAAGAAAACGAAAAACGUCGAGGAAGAGCAACUAUGGCAAAGGGAUGAAGCAAAAAGGACGAUCGUUUUCAAUACCCAGGAAGUCAAAGAAUGGCAGGAACCAUCGCCUUCAAAAAUUGGAGAGAAUGCUCAGAAUCCUGCCACUUAUGGUCAAAAUGCAAAAAUUCCAGAAACUGCCGUGCAGGUAGAUAUCCCAAUGCGCAUUGCCUGUUACUGUCGUCAUCAGGAAGAGAAAAUUGGCUUUCAGGUCAUAUUCACUAUCAUAGAUUAUCAAAAUAAUCUGGUUGCGCAAACCAUGACAAAUUCCAUCGUAAUAACAGACGACCACAAAACACAUGGUCCACCUGGUGCGAUGCCUCCCAACAAUGGGGUCUUCCCUGAUAACGCUCAAGUCCCCGGAGCAGGAGUCUUCUCGCAGGCGCCUGCUGGGAGUCAUGGCCUAGCGUCGUUUCGAAAUGCUUAUUCGACUACGGACCUACAGGGUAUGCAGCAACAUUUUAACCCACAGCAUAGAAGUCCUUUUGCCAUACCCCAGUUUCCUUCCCAAACCACUUCGGCAACUCUGACCCCUAGAAAUCUGUCACGUCAAGCAUCCCCGUCGGCACCCUCAGCACAGCACAACAAGAAGCGGAAAGCCAGCGGAUCUGGCAGGAUUCGAAACGAUCUGACGAUGACCAAGUUAAAAAAUCCAACGCCGAAUAGUCCCAUUUCUCACGGGCUUCCGAUGCCCCAGAUACCUCCACAGUUUAAUACAAAUCCACCUACCCCAACCGCAACUGACGGCAGUUUCUUUUCUUCCGCUCAACGAUCUCAGAGCAUGGAGAAUCUCCAAGGCUUCUCGGGAGUAUUUUCUGCCCCGGUUUCAGUUCACCCAAGCCGGGUACCGAGCCCUACUUUCAGCCCUCUGAGUAACGGCUUAGCACAAAGUCAUGCCCAAAUGCUGGCAAAUUCCCUACAUUGUGUUCCCGGGGCUGCCAACCCCCAAAGGGCUCCAGUCAUCCAUAAGCUGACGCCUGGAGAAGCUUCCAAAUCUGGGGGUAUUGAAGUCACGUGCUUGGGAAGUGGGUUCCGCCAGGGUCUGGAAGUCAUGUUCGGUGACGCCCAAGCAACUACGACCACUUUCUGGGGUGAGAGCGCUCUCGUUUGCCUUGUACCUCCUGCUCUAGAAGCAGGUACGGUGCCAGUAACUUUCAAACAUAAUUACGAGCAAAAUAUUCCCUCUCCCUCAAACAAGCAGGCUCUCUUCAGGUAUGUCGACGAUGAUGAGCAGGAGCUCAUGAAACAUGCACUUGCCCUUAUCAACCGCAAAUGGAACGGCAAUGCAACUGAUGCUGGCAACGCUGCGAGAAACAUCAUCAACCAGUUUGGCUCAAAUUCGUCUUUCACGGGUGGUUCAAUUCAAGGGAACAAUCAACAUCGCCAUGCUGGCUCGUUCAAUGCCGCUAUGACCGGUAUUGUGGACCUAGAAGCAGCGUUGCUGAGCUGUCUGGACAUUGUGGACCUGGAUGAUAGCCCGUAUCAAGCAAGACUCAACACUCGAGGCAUAAAUGGCCAGAGUAUGUUGCAUCUUAGUGCCUCGCUCGGACACUACCGGUUGGCUGCUGGGCUUCUAGCACGAGGAGCGAAUCCAGAUCUGCGAGACUACAACGGCAUGACUCCGAUGCAUAUGGCUUGUCUCCGCGGUCAUGCGCAAAUCAUCCGUAAACUCCGUUCCGCUGGCGGCGAUCCAAAUCUGCGGAGUUUAAAUGGUUAUGUUCCAGCUGAUAUGGCGACGUCUCAACAAACUCGCGACGCAAGCAGCACCUUCGACCAUCAAGCACGGCCUAGGAGCGCUGGUGCAACCCCAGUCUCGCAUUGGAGUCGAGCGAGCAGCGUGAUGUCUUACAAGUCUUCUCGAGGAGCUCGUUCAAAGGUGGCAUCUCCGGGUGCAAUGAACGGCCCAUUUACAGACGGCGAUGAAGGCGACGAAGGCGACGAAGGCUUGGCCGAAGCCUACAUGAGUCAGCCAGCGACACCAGCUCAGAUCUGGGCCCAAACAAGACGCAAUAGUUUUGCCGCCGAGUCUCAAUAUCCGGGCGAUCCUUCUCAGGGCAACCUUGCCUCAACGACCCCCUUCCUUGCGGUGAACCCUGCGAUGUCCGCUUGGAGAGACCAACUUUCCGCCCAGAUACAGCAGUUUCAACAAACUGUGCAAAGAACGCUUCCAACUUUGCAGCUUCCCGCGUUGCCGCCAAUUCCUAACCUCCCAGACUAUCAAGCCUAUCCUGUAGUCAGACGAAUAAGUUCCAUGGUGCCUCAGCGCAAUCCACGACCAAGCGCAGCAAACAGGAGCACUGGAGUUGCGAAAGUCACCGAUUACCACUGGUGGGAGCUAUUAACUGGGGCGGCCCCAUCACCGCCAGCGUAUGAUGAGAUAUAUCCGGAGAGCUCACAACGUGAUCUGAGCGAUAAGAAGACAUCUGCCCUCCGGGCUACUGGGGAUGUAUAUGUGGAUAGAAAAUGCGAAGAGACCUUUGAUCAAACGAAGAGCUCCUCUGCUUUCGAGACAGCCAACCUAGGAAGUACUAUUUUGACACCAGAGCAACUGAGAAGUGCACACGCGAUGAAAGUCAAAAGAUUGAGGAAAGAUCGGAAUCUGUUCUUCAUUUGGAUACCACUUCUCGUUCUUGUUCUUGUGGCGAUGCUGAAAGAUCGGGUGCCGCAGGCGCUGCACGGCGCUCGCCAAGCCCUUUACUAUGCUCAGGAUCGCCUCCAAGAGCGUGUGGUUGAGAUAGCUUAG